GAAAAAUUCACAUAAAAAAUCAAAGUCAAAAAUGGACAGGACAUAUUGAACUUGAGGACACAUCAUUAAAAAUUUAACAUUAAUUUUAACUAAAUUCUCGUGUAAAAAAUAUUCAAAACCAUGACAAAAUUUCCUAUGAAACAAAGUUUCCUACUUAGCAGAACAUGAUAUAUCAGGCAUGCUGCAUCGUUAGACAUUUAAGUAAAAGAAUUGACAAAGUAGUUUUCAGUAAUCACAAUUUUGCUGUAUUUACGCUAUUCCCAAAAAAGUUCUCAUCGAAUGUACAGCUGCCGCCAGCAGCAACUAUCCUACAAAAUGACAAUAGAGCGACUGUGGUGUUAUUAGGCACUGUACAUUUUAGUAAACAGUCAGUGGAGGAUGUUACCCAGAUAGUUAAUUAUUUGCAUCCAAAUGCUAUUCUUGUGGAAUUAUGUCGUCAAAGGGUAUCACUUUUAGAGUUGGAUGACAAAAAGUUUUUAGAAGAUGCAAAGAAAUUUGAUGCUAAGAAAUUGAAGCAAGCUGUGAAAGGGCAAAAUUUCGCCUCUGGUGUACUGCAUGCUAUGCUAUUGAAGACAUACGCGGAUAUAGCAAAAGAAUUAGGUGUCGCCCCAGGUGGAGAAUUCAGGAGGGCUUAUCAUGAGAUGAAAAAGAUUCCAGGCUGUAAAUUGUUUUUAGGAGACCGACCCAUACAGAUAACAAUUGCUAGAGCUUUUCAAUCGUUGACUAUGUUCGAACUUGGCCAAGUGCUGUACCAUCUCACGACUGCUAAUCCAAAACCAUUAGAUAAACAUCAAUUAGAACGAUAUAAAGACAAAGAUUUCGUUCAAGCUCAAUUUGAGGAGAUUACAAGAGACGUUCCGGCGUUCAAGAAAAUUUUUCAUGUGUUUGUCGAUGAACGUGACAAAUGUCUUGCUUAUUCUAUUCAAGAAUGUGUGCGUUCUGUGUCAUCCGAUAAUGCACGUGUUUUGGCUGUGGUUGGAAUGGGUCAUGUAGAUGGUAUAAUGAAAUACUAUGGUAAAAUGAAACAGGAAGAUAUUGUACCGCUACUAUUAAUCCCGCCACCGCCUUUGAUUACUGUGAUCAUACGUAAGGGACUAAAAUUUUCAUUUUAUUUAUUGGUGUUAUCAAUUUUAUAUAAGUUAAUAUUUAGAUAGUGAUGAUAUAUAUCUAAAAAUUAAAAUUUUAACUAACGAUAAUGAUUUAUUUUAAUUUAUAUUUUAAUGGUGUGGGUGUUUCUACUAUUAAAGACGUGCAAGGAAGAUGAGCGGACCGAGAUGAGCUACGAAACGGUGCGCACCUGAGAGGAGCGAGGAUGUUAAGCGGGUUCAUUUCAGAAGGACACAUUCCUUGCACACAUCCCUUGCUUUUUUGUAUGUAAAAAAAACCUCGCUCCGCUAAGCCUUCUUCACCGAAUUAAUAUUACCAGACAUCUUCUAUCGCCAGUAUUUAAUGCCAGCUAGACACUUUACAAGUCGAAACAAAAAAACACAAACUUACAGUCGGAGACCCAAACCCGAACCAUUUUUAGUAAAGAGAGUAACAUUUUUACGUACAUUUGCCACAUGAUACGUUCACACUAAUAAUACUACUCGAUUAUCCAUAUUUUGCCCAUCAGAAAAAAAGGUCUGGCGGCCCCGGCGGAUCUUACUCUAGUUGGUUUGAUUUUUGAUUUAUGUUGUUCCUUCAGACGUGGAUAGUGGAUACAACCGAGCGCCCAAUUUAAGAAGCAUUAUUCUUUUAUACUUACCUGACUAGCUGGAAAUUGUAACAAAAUAUUGAAACUAUUUUCCUCGGGUCGGUCGGGUCGUUCGGGUCGUUCAUAGUGAAACUAACUAUGAAAAUGAUAAGAACAAAAGUUUUAACUUGUAAGAAACGUGCCCUACCAGUUUACGUUUCCCGCCUUUUUGAAAGCACAGAAACUUGCACUCCAGUUGCAAGGUGCGUUCAGACUAUGCUCACAGACCUGAAAAAAAGACGGAUGUCUGAAAUCAUGUGAAGCAUGCAAGGUCAGACAAAAUCGUGUGUUGUACACUACCUACACUCACACUAAUGUACCAGGUCGGACAAUUCGCUGCCAUUUGGCCCCGUGUGACCACGUGACAGCGCCAGUCACACGUUCAAUUGCUCCGAUAUUUUUUUUAAAAAUGCCGUUAGUGUGAUGAAAUCUUGUAAAAACUACACGAGUAAAUUUGAAAAGUCUCAAGGAAUCACCUACCAUGCUUAAGAAUUGAUGAUUCUUGAUAAUUAUUCUAUAUUAUAUUUUAUUUGCAAGGAUGAAAAUUGUAACCAAAAAUACAACUGUGGCUACUUUAUUUACGGGAAAUUUUCCCUAAAAGUAGGGAAUUUUGUAUUUCUUGCAUUUGUGACUAGGCAAGAUCUGAUUUUGUAACUUUUUAGGGUUCCGUAUCCCAAAAGGAAAAGAAUUGAAGCCAUAUUAUUCAUAGAAUAUUUUAUGUAAAUUAUUUUCUUGCCUCCUUUCUAAUAGGUUUCCUAGAAAUAGAAACCGUAGAGAUGACUGGAUUUUAAUUAUUCGGGUUCGGUAUACCUUCCAGUACUGUGUGCAGUGCACACGUUGUUUGGUUUUGGUUCAAACCGGAGCCUGUAAAGAAUCCGAAACGGCGGAAAAUGAAUAAAAAUAUUAAAAAUACCGUUGAAACCCGUUAACAGAACUACUAUACAAAUAAACUUUUGAAACUAAAUUACGAAAACCAAAAUUAUUACAAAAUGAAUUACAGGCAGGACUUGAACCUGCAUUUUCUGCUGUCUGGGUGGAUGCACUAAUUGUUCUAUUCUUCUUGAAUUUCUUAAGCUGCACGGUAGUGCCAUUUCUUCGCAUUGUAGGUAAUGCACAAUGUCAAAUGAAACCACAGACAGAUAUAGGAUAUAAAGAUAUACAGAGUAACUAUCGCUACUGUUCCAAAAAAUAUCUGUGCAUGUGUGCGAAUCGGUGUUUGAUUUUGAGUAAUAGUGUCGAUUUAUCAAGAUAUGCUUAAAACACAGGAUACCAUAACACUUACUUAUUCAGUUUGUGAUAAGCACGAUUGUGUUGUGUUAUAUGCAUUAUUGUUUUCUUAAUUUCACAGAAUAUCAUAAUAAAUUUUAUCUCAGUACGGCUUGACAGGACGCUGCGGCUCUUGCUAAAAAUAUAUUAUUAACCAAAGGUACAUCAUGUUGCGUCUCUUUCUAUCUUACAGGAUUGGGAUGAUAUCUCUUUUCCUCACUCUGUCAGGCUUUAAAUACCUACUAAAUCUAUGAAUGAAAUACUUACAUUUAAAAGAAGAAAUAGCAAUAUUAGUAUAUUAUAUUUUUAUUUUAAGCAUUAAUCUGCGCGAUUUAUGUAUGUCGGAGGAUGUGAUGAAUAGGGUUGAUUGUUGAAUGCCAAGCGUAAAAAGGCUAUUGCUUACACUUAAAAUAAUUUUAAAAAAUCUUAAUUUAAUUUGAUUUCAAUUAAUUACAAUUUUUGUAUUGUCCAGUAACUUAGCAAUUGAAUAAAAGUCGCUAAUAAAUCAUUUUAUGUCGUGUCCAAUCAGAGCAGAGCACGUGCCUCGAGUGGGGUCGAGGCGCCAUAUUGAUUUUCACAAGUGGGAGGUAGUUUUUGCGCGUAUUUAAAGGCGAGGAACUGCUCGUAGCGUUCUCCUCGUGUCGCGUUCGUGGUAGGUCGUGUGACUCCGCUCGUCGUUGAGCCCGCCUGCCCCACUGUGCCGAGUGCAGAACCGAAACUACCCUCCUCCGCGUUCGCGUGUGAGGUCGCCGUACGACCACCAAACAAAUUCUAUCUUUUUCUGUGUUGCGAUAUUGACGCCUAAGUGUUUGUGUAGUGUUUUUGUUUCGUGAUCGUUGAAUCACUUGUGUUUUUAGUGCUAAAAACUACAAGUGUUUCCCCUGUGUUUUUUUUCGUUCCCACCCUCCAAUCCACUUUUUUCAUAACUACCCUCCCACCUUUUUUCUC